CUGGCAUGUCCGUUUCCUUGGUGACUCAGCCGUGGUCUGAUUGGUCGGCGGCGCCCGUGACCCCGCCCUCUCCAAACAGCACGGCGUUGCAGCGGGACUCUCUGCUCGCGGUGGCGGAGGUGGUGGUGCUGUCGGCCAUCUUGGUACUGGCUCUGAUGGGAAAUGGGCUGGUUCUACUGGUGCUGCUCAGACAGAAGCAGAAUCACAGCCCUCUGCACCAGUUCAUGCUCAACCUGUGUGUCGCUGACCUGGUGGUGGCGCUGUUUCAGGUUUUGCCCCAGCUGGUGUGGGACGCCCGGGGCCGUUUCCCGGGUCCUGACGCCCUCUGCAGGCUGGUGAAGUAUCUGCAAGUCCUGGGCAUGUUCGCCUCAUCCUACAUGAUCGUUGCCAUGACGUUGGACCGGCACUACGCCAUCUGCUGCCCCCUACAGGCCCACCGCAGCGGGGCCAUGCACAGGUGGAACUCCUUCAUCCUGGUGGCAUGGGCUCUGGCUCUUCUGCUCAGUCUGCCACAGGUGUUCAUCUUCUCAAGGUCAGAGGUCGCCCCUGGAGAGUUCGAGUGCUGGGGACACUUCGCUCCCACCUGGGGCCUCAAAGCCUAUGUCACCUGGAUGACUCUCGCUGUGUUUAUACUGCCAGUGCUCAUCAUCACCGUCUGCCAGAUCCGAAUCUUCAGAGAGAUCCACAGCAGUCUGUAUUUGAGGUCAGGGCGCCACCUACAUUCUGCCUCGCUUGCUGCAGUGAGACGUAACAGCCAGCAGAGGGCAGCAGUAGCAGGGGGCAGAGGGAGGCCCAGUGUGACCAUGUUCAUCCCAGGCUCAGGGCUCGAUCCUGGGCAUAGCUCCAGUUACAGCCACCCCCUGGACCCCCACAGCAUCUCCGCACUGUAUGAAGCCAGCCCCAGCGCAGCACAAAAUGUGGAGCGUGAGACAGCGCCCCCUGCAGUCCCUGGCUUGUCCUCACACCCCAAAGCCCCCUCUCGUUUGGGCGAAGUGGGCGGAGCCAUGUCUAAAACAGUGAGGAUGACUCUGGUGAUCGUGGUGGUGUACUCCCUGUGCUGGGCCCCUUUCUUCAUCGUCCAGUUGUGGGCCGCCUGGGACCCCAACCCCCCUCAGAACGGUGCAGUGUUCACUCUGCUGAUGCUCUUGGCCAGCCUGAACUCCUGCACCAACCCCUGGAUCUACUCCGCUUUCUCCACCACCAUCUCCCCCCAGCUCCGCCUCCUCCUGCUCUGCCAGAGGAGUGAGAGGAGAGGGUCUGUGAACGACUCUACCACCACCCACAUCUCCAACUACUGAAC